CAAAAAAACAGAAAUACCAGAUAACCGGAAAUCGGUUUACCACGCCGGGAAAUGUCGUCGGAGCUUGGUUUUACCCUGAUCACCACCGUCACUACGAUUUUUGCUCAUUUGACCUUGUCCAAUGGCUUAUUACAUUCUGGUAGUGUCUCUCAUGGUGUUUCCAAAAGCGAUUAUUACUUAACUACCGAUGAGCUCUGGUUUAAUCAAACCCUAGAUCAUUACUCUCCUUAUGAUCAUCGCAAAUUCAGACAAAGAUACUAUGAAUUUCUAGACAACUUUAGAGCUCCAGAUGGUCCUGUCUUUCUGAUAAUCUGUGGUGAAGGUCCUUGCAGUGGCAUAGCUAAAGAUUAUAUAAGUGUAUUAGCAAAGAAGUUUGAAGCUGGUGUGGUUUCAUUAGAACAUAGGUACUAUGGUAAAAGCUCUCCUUUUAACUCACUAGCUACAGAGAAUUUAAAAUACCUUUCAUCAAAACAAGCCCUUUUCGAUCUAGCCGCUUUCCGUCAAUAUUACCAGGAAACUUUGAAUGUUAAGUUGAAUAGAAGUAGUGGUGGUAGUGAGAAUCCAUGGUUUGUCUUCGGGAUAUCUUAUCCCGGAGCUUUAAGUGCGUGGUUCCGGCUUAAGUUCCCUCAUUUGACUUGUGGAAGCCUUGCUAGCUCUGCAGUUGUUCGUGCUGUCUACGACUUCUCUGAAUUUGAUCAGCAGAUUGGUGAGUCAGCUGGUCAAGAAUGCAAAGCUGCAUUACAGGAGACUAAUAAACUCUUGGAAUUAGGGCUUAAAGUAAAUGGAAAGGCGGUGAAAGCGCUCUUUAACGCCACUGAUGAGCUUGAUGUUGAUGCUGAUUUCUUAUACUUCACCGCAGAUGCAGCGGUUUUAGCGUUCCAAUAUGGAAAUUCAGAUAAACUAUGUGUUCCCCUUGUUGAAGCAAAGAAGAAUGGUAGUGAUUUAGUGGAAACAUAUUCUAAAUAUGUUAGAGAGUAUUGUAUGGGAGUUUUGGGCCUACGCGCUAGACCAUAUAGCCGGAAACAUCUGAGAAACAAUGUAGUUACCGCUGAUAGUACAUAUCGGUUAUGGUGGUUCCAAGUUUGCACAGAAUUAGCAUAUUUUCAGGUGUCACCUACUAAUGAUAGUGUUCGAUCUCAGCAAAUCAAUACAGACUACCAUUUGGAUUUAUGCAAGAGCCUUUUUGGGAAUGGUAUAUACCCUGAAGUUGAUGUAACAAACGUAUACUAUGGAGGCGAUAGAAUCACGGCAACCAAAAUCAUUUUUACAAAUGGGUCACAAGAUCCAUGGCGUCAUGCUUCAAAACAGACAUCCUCUCCUGAAUUGCCUUCUUACAUCAUGAACUGCCAUAACUGUGGCCAUGGAACUGAUCUAAAAGGAUGUCCCCAAUCUCCAAUGGUCAUUGAAGGUAAAUCAAAUAAUUGUAGCUCACCAGAUGCUGUAAACAAAGUGAGGGAACAGAUUGUUGACCACAUCGAUUUGUGGUUGUCUGAAUGCCGCGGAUCUACUAGGAUGUAUAGUGUCGCAUCAUAGGAGUCACGGUUCGGAUCGGUUUGGCUAACAAACUACAUUAUACACACCUUAGGUUGUAUUACUACCGAUUUGCAAACAAAUCUUGAAUGAACAUAUUCAACUAAAGCAGUACGCGGUGAACACAUUUAAGGACCUUUUCUGUUUUGUGUAAUUA